AUGGCAGGUCACGGUCCCUACAAGUUCAUUGAUCCUGCCGUCGAGCGAUUUGACCGUUAUCGCGAAACAAAUUAUCUACGAUUCCGCUGGACACCAUCUAACAUCCGUGCGGCCGUCCUUGCAGGCAUCGUAUUCCCGACCGCCAUCUACUUGCUGGCAUCAUCAACGGAUUCGCGCUGGAAGUGGGCUGGAGCACUGAAGACAGAGUCAUUGUCCGUCAAGCCAAAAUGA